ACAAUUUCCUGUUUUCGAAAUAUUUUGAGCAAGCCCAAAAGCGAAAAGCUCACUUUACCUUUUACUGUGCAGUGUACUAACCCAAAUUGACACUUACAGACGCGCACUUCUCUUCAAAAUCCUCUUUACCAUUCUGGCUAUUGAGGCCUAACAGCUCCCUUUAGAACUUUAGAUCUCGCCAUUCUUCGUUCCCAUCACAAAACAGAGCAGUUCACACAAGGAUUUCACCGAUGCUAACCUUCUUCCUCUGUUUCCUCACUCUUCUAUUUCAACCUUCUCAUUGCACAACAAUUCUAGUAGAUGGGGUUUCAGAGUGGAAAAACCCCAGCGCUCGUGUAGGAGACUCCAUCUUUUUCGAACACAAGUAUCACUACAACCUGUACAUUUUCCAGAACAGAGAAGCUUACGACCGCUGUAACUUCACUCAAGCUACUCUUCUCAAUAAACCCAACACUACUUUCACGUGGUACCCUUCGCGGCCAGGUUUAUUCUACUUUUCCUUCAACAAUGGCACCGUCAUGCCGUGCCGGGAAGGCCAAAAGCUCGCCAUAAGGGUAUCUCCGACGCAGGCGCAGGACGAAAGCCCCACCCCGGAGCUCCCGCCCGCGGCAGCUGCUCCUCCGGCGUCCGGCGGGAUGAUCUCAUCUUCGCCAACAUACCAAUGGCCGUUCCACCCACGUCACCGGAAAGCAGCGCCAGGCCCUACCGCGCUGGGCAAAAGUGGUGGGAGUGGGAUCCCCUUUAUCAACAGUAACCCAGCGGUGCCUUUACCCACCGGCGAAGUGGACACUGCUACCAUACGCCCCUUGCCCACUUCCGGCAAUGGAGGGCAGGCGAUGGGGUGGCUUGCAAUUCAAAUGCCAGUGAGUUGUGUGGUUUUCAUGAUGCUGUGAAAAGAGCAACUGAAGGGAAUGGAUGGUGAAGCUCUUUUUCCCCCAAAAAAAAAGGAAAGAAAAGAAAAAGUGGAAUGAUGAAGCCGCUCACCGCUUGUGUAAAGUAAAAUAUCUAGUCAGGCAGGCUAACGUGCGCCGGGAACUGUGCUUUUGAUUCUCAAGCAUCUACUUUGAGGGUUCAUGAUUGCUUAACAUGUAUGGCUUGCUUUGCUACUAAUUAAUCAUUUGCCCUUUUGACCUUUAGUUUUGUCAAUUGCCAAUUGCCAAUUGCAAAUUGCAAUGCACUCAAAUUCAAGCUUUUGCUCUGUU